AUGGAAAGAAAAGAAAGUGACAUAGCGGAUGAUUCCGCAUCACCUUCUAUUCAAAGUAAUGUUGAAAUAAAUGUAGAAAAUGUUACUUUGAAUGAAAAAUCUACCGUUCUUAAUGAUACGUUUCAUGAAUUAUUUGAAAAUCAAGCUAAAGAAUUUGAAGCAUUGGGCAAACAAAUGAGUUUAGACUUGCACGAUGCCUACAAAGAAUAUUUAAAUCAAGAUGAGGAAAUUAUUAAGAUGGAAAAGGAAUCUAAAAGCGAUUGUGAAUGUAAAGAACAAAUCAUUGCACAAGAACAAUUAAUAGAUUCAUUAAGAGCUCGUAUAGAAGAAUUGGAAACUGAUUCUAUGAUUAAAAAUCAAGAUAUUAAAAAACUUCGACAAGACUUUGUUGAUUUCAAAAAAGAUUUCCAAUUAACCCUCAAUAACAAACAGCCAGUACAAGUUCAAGGUAUUAAGAGUAGCGUUCCUUCAAUUAAUAAUUUAGAAUUAGUUAAUCAAAUUGAUGAAUCGCUGACAACGGAUAUGAUUUCUUUCUCUAUCUCUUCUCAUACGGAAAUAGAAAGUAAGGAAAAACCUAAUAAGAAUUCAAUAAAUGUAUUACACUCUGAUCAUGAUGAAUAUUCUUUUAAUCAUGAAACCUUGUAUGAGCCUUUAUCAUAUGACGAAGAACCUGUUAAAACUUCAACAUUUUACCAUCAAUAUGACGAAGAACUUGUUAAACCUUCAACAUUUUACCAUCAAUAUGACGAAGAACCCGUUAAAUCUUCAACAUUUUACCAUCAAUUUGACGAAGAACUUGUUAAAUCUUCAACAUUUUACCACCAAUAUGAUGAAGAACCCGUUAAAUCUUCAAUAUCUUAUCAUCAAUAUGACGAAGAACUCGUUAAACCUUCAAUAUCUUAUCAUCAAUAUGACGAAGGUCCCGUUAAGCCUUCAACACCUUACCAUCAAUAUGACGAGGAACCUGUUGAACCUUC